AUGACUGAAAACAUUGAAAACCGGUCCUCUCCUAAGCUACUCCUGGAUCAGGUAAUGCAGUUUGUUGAGCCAAGUCAGCAGUUAGUAAAGGACUCAAUUCAGCUGGUUAAAGGAUGCACCAUGCCCGACAGAAAAGAAUUCCAGAAGAUUGCCAUUGCCACAGCCAUAAGGAUUUGCUAUCAUGGGAUUCAUCGGCUUCUUGUGAAACGGAUCCAUAUCCCUAUUAAUAGCAUUAUUGUGGGUGGCUGA